AUGUCUGAAAGCACAUCUCAACUUCAAGAAGAAACCAACAUACAAACCCCUUCUCUUGCCGCACAACACUGGACACAACAAGACAUCAUGGCCUCCACCUCCCACCUCAAAGCCAUGAACUGGCCCUUCCCCAACCCCCGCUUCAUCUUCUUCACCGACUUCGACGGCACAAUCACCUUGAAAGACAGCAACGACUACAUGACAGACAACAUCGGCUUCGGCACCGAGCUGCGCAAGCAAGGCAAUCGGGACGUACUGGACGGAAAGAAGACCUUCCGCGACAGCUUCCAGGAGAUGAUCGAUUCGGUCAACAAGCCUUUCCCGGAAUGCAUUGAUUAUCUGGUUGAGAACAUCAAGCUGGAUCCGUAUUUCAAUGAGUACUUCCAGUGGGCGAAUAGUAUGGGGAUCCCGACGGUGGUGGUGAGUAGUGGGAUGGAGCCGAUUAUUCGGGCGAUUUUGAAGAAUUUGGUCGGGAAGGAUCAUGUCAUGAUGGAUAUUGUGUCUAACGAGGUGAUGGCGUUGCCGGGGAAGUCGAUUGAUCAGGAAGGGGGGUGGACGAUUAAGUACCAUGAUGAUUCUGGCUUCGGCCACGACAAGAGCCUCACCAUCCGACCCUACGCCCAGCUACCUGCGGACCAGCGACCAACAAUGUUCUAUGCCGGAGAUGGCGUGUCAGAUCUCUCCGCCGCGCAGGAAACCGAUCUGCUGUUCGCGAAGAAAGGCCACGAUCUCAUCCGCUAUUGCGUCAAGCAAGACGUCCCCUUCACCGUCUUCGAAGACUGGUCCACGAUCCUGGAGAAGGUCAAGUUGAUCGUCGAGGGCAAGACGACCGUCCACGAGGCAGCGAGGCUAGGCUACGAGGAGUAUCAGAAGGGCAACGUUGGUCUCAAUGGCAACGCCGGCUGA